AUGGCGGAGCGGGCUCUAACGCAAAGAAUAGCCAGCACCGUUGGCGGCUUGAUAGGCAACGAGAAGAGAUUGCAAGCCGAGAUAGAGAGCAGCUCCGUUCAACUGAAGCUGCUAGCUGAGGCGAUGGCGAAAGAGGGCAAGAUGGAAAGGGUGGCGGAGCUAGAGGCAAUGACUCGCAAGGUGGUGGAGACGGCUCAUGAGAUGUCUCUGCAUCAGCAGGCAUUGGAGGCAGUGCGCGACAGCUAUCAAUACACUGGAACACCCACCAACUUUGAGGAGCUCUUGCAGCAGCAGGUGGCGCAGCUAGGGGCGGCUCAGCCGUGCCCGGAGGAUCACCACAUUCUGGUGGCGUUCCGACAAACCAUCCGGAGUGCGAGGCAGGGGGGAGAAGGUGGGGGGGAUGAUGAUGACGAGGACGAUGAAGUCAUGAUGACAACCAAUCUGAUUGUGAAAAAUACCAACUGCCCAAUCACAAUGCGCCAUGUGGAAGAGCUGGAUGACCCUGUCUGUUGCUUGGAUUGUCGCCACGUCUAUGAGAAGAGCGCGAUACUGGAAAUCAUAUCCCAAAACAACAACUGCCCUGUCUCUGGUGAGUAUUCCCCUCUGAAACUGGUUCUCUAA